CCGUAGCCGCGCCGGCGCCAAGAUGGCGGCGCUGACGGGUACCUGGCUGCCGCGCCGAGGGCCGUGGAAGCCGGAGCGGAGCCACCGAGGCUGAGGCCCCAGAACCUCGCUCGAGGCCGCGCCCGCUCCGGCCUCGGGGGAAGCCUGGGCCGGCCGGACAUGGUGCGAGGUGCGCUGUGCUGCCGCCGCCGCCGCUGAGCUCGCAGGCCAGCCCGGCUCGCACGUCCGGCAGGAACAUGUUCUCCGCGCUGAAGAAGCUGGUGGGGUCGGAGCAGGCCCCGGGCCGGGACAAGAACAUCCCCGCCGGGCUGCAGUCCAUGAACCAGGCACUGCAGAGGCGCUUCGCUAAGGGGGUUCAGUAUAACAUGAAGAUUGUGAUCCGGGGUGACAGGAACACCGGCAAGACAGCUCUGUGGCAUCGACUGCAGGGCAAGAAGUUUGUGGAAGAAUACAUCCCCACACAGGAGAUCCAGGUCACCAGCAUCCAUUGGAACUACAAAACUACUGAUGAUGUAGUGAAAGUUGAAGUCUGGGAUGUAGUUGAUAAAGGAAAAUGUAAAAAACGAGGUGAUGGCUUGAAGACGGAGAAUGACCCCCAGGAGGCAGAGUCUGAGAUGGCCCUGGAUGCUGAGUUCCUGGAUGUGUACAAGAACUGUAAUGGAGUGGUCAUGAUGUUUGACAUCACUAAGCAGUGGACCUUCAAUUAUGUUCUCCGGGAGCUUCCCAAAGUGCCAACCCAUGUGCCGGUGUGUGUGCUGGGCAACUACCGUGACAUGGGCGAGCAUCGAGUCAUUCUGCCAGACGAUGUGCGGGACUUCAUUGAGCACCUGGACAGACCUCCAGGUUCCUCCUAUUUCCGCUAUGCUGAAUCUUCCAUGAAGAACAGCUUUGGUCUAAAGUACCUGCAUAAGUUCUUCAACAUCCCAUUUUUGCAGCUACAGAGGGAGACACUACUGAGGCAGCUGGAGACAAACCAACUAGACAUCGAUGCCACACUAGAGGAGCUAUCAGUGCAGCAGGAAACUGAGGACCAGAACUACAGCAUCUUCCUUGAAAUGAUGGAGGCUCGAAGUCGAGGCCAUGCAUCCCCUUUGGCAGCCAAUGGGCAGAGCCCAUCCUCAGGCUCCCAGUCGCCAGUUGUGCCUCCAAGUGCUGUAUCCACAGGGAGUUCCAGCCCCAGCACACCCCAGCCUGCCCCUCAGCUGUCUCUAGGUGUCUCCUCCGCCUGUCCCUCAGCACCAUCUCCUGUACCCUGUUUGGAGGCCAUGCCCUCCUCUGUACACUCUCCAGCCCCAGCCCCAGCCCCAGCCCCGCGUCGCAGUAUCAUCUCUCGGCUGUUUGGGUCCUCACCAGCUGCAGAAGUGACCCCUUCACCUCCAGAGCCAGCUCCAGCUCUAGAAGCUCCAGCAAGAGUCCAGAAUGUUGAGGAUUUUGUCCCUGAAGAUGGCCUUGACCGAAGCUUCCUGGAAGACACAAGUGUGCCUAAAGACAAGAAAGUUGGAGCCAAAGGUCCCCAGCAGGAUAGUGACAGUGACGAUGGGGAGGCCCUAGGAGGGAACCCAAUGGUGGCAGGUUUCCAGGAUGAUGUGGACAUAGAAGACCAGACACAUGGCAAAUCCCUGCUGCCCUCAGAUCCCAUUCCCAGUAAGAACAUCAGUCUCUCAAGUGAGGAGGAAGCUGAAGGACUGGCAGGCCACCCUAGAGUGGCCCCUCAGCAAUGCUCAGAGCCUGAGACUAAAUGGUCCUCCACAAAGGUCUCACAUCCACAAAGGAAGGGUGCGCCCACGAGAGGCAUGGCACCAUGGUCGGAUGGUCCCACCACUGAUGACUCUGAAAGACCCCAGGAAGGGAAGGACAAACAGAUGUCAUCAGAGAGUGACCCUGAGGGUCCCAUCGCUGCCCAGAUGCUAUCCUUUGUCAUGGAUGACCCUGACUUUGAAAGUGAUGAAUCGGACACACAGAAGAGAAUGGGCAAGUUUCCAGUAAGAGAAGACCUCUCUGAUGUAACCGAUGAGGACAGUGGCCCUGCUCAGCCACCUCCACCCUCCAAGCUCCCAGCCCCUGCUUUCAGACUGAAGAAUGACUCAGAUCUCUUUGGGCUGGGCCUAGAGGAGAUGGGACCCAAGGAAAGCAGUGAUGAAGAUAGAGACAGCAAGCUUCCCUCUAAGGAGAAGAAGAAAAAGAAGAAGAAAAGCAAAGAGGAGGAAGAAAAGACUACAAAAAAGAAAAGCAAACAUAAGAAGAGCAAGGACAAGGAGGAGGGCAAGGAGGAUCGGAAGAAGAGGAGGAAGCCCCCUCGGAGCAAAGAGCAGAAGGCUGCAGAUGAGCUGGAAGCCUUCCUGGGGGGUGGGGCCCCUGGCAGCCGCCACCCUGGAGGUGGGGACUAUGAGGAGCUCUGAACAUGCCUAGGGCAAUUGAUUGUCUGGGAAGAGGUGGGCUGCCAGUGGCAGGGGAGGCUGCUGUCUAUGCACCCACAUUCCCAGGACCACCCUGCCACCCAUGCCCCCCAGCCAUUAUGUCUGCCCCAUGUGGUCUGGCCACUCUACAUUGUGUUUUGUGCUGAAGACCUUGGUGGGGGUCAGGCCCUUGGGUUAGGCGCUGCAGGUGCUGGGCCUCAACCCAGCAGAAGCCUGCUCUGCAGGGAGGGAGGGGACAGAAGAAAGUUGCAGCUGGCUUGGUGGAUCACCUGGCCUCCCAGAAUCAGCUGCAACCAGUCCCCGGUGUUUCUCAGGGAUGUGCCUGGGGCCGAGAAGGGACCCACCAGGGUCUGUUUACAGAGGCAGGGCGUGGGGCUGCUUGGCUUCUCUAAUGUCCACCACCCAGCCGCACUCCUGCUUGCCUUCCGGAGCUCUCCCAGAGCCACAGCAUGGCUUGGGUUGUGGACCUUCUUCUUCCCCAUGGAUCCAGAGCGGCACAGGGUCCUGCCCUGAGCACAGAUGUGUCAUGUGUCACUCGGGAGGGCACGGCAGCAUCUGCUACUGCAAAGUGGCCCAGGCCCCGCACUGGGUAAGCCUGGCAAGAGAACACAAUGUACCACUUCUCCUGUGGGAGAGGCACUAACAGGCUGCCACUGUGUGCCAGCUGCGCCUCUGCCCAUUGAGCGCCUGCGCAGGUGAGCCCAGAGGGCACCUUCUUAAACACUCCAGACCCAUACCAUAAAGCUCUCUGAUUUUA